AUGUUGAUUAAAGAGUACCGGAUACCACUACCUCUCACUGUAGAGGAAUACAGGAUUGCACAGCUGUAUAUGAUAGCUAAAAAGAGCAGAGAGGAAAGUUCUGGUGAAGGUAGUGGCGUUGAGAUUUUAGUUAAUGAACCAUACGAAGAUGGUCCUGGCGGAAAAGGUCAGUACACUCAGAAAAUUUAUCAUGUUGGUAGCCAUUUACCCGGCUGGUUUAAAAGUUUACUUCCAAAAUCUGCCUUAACAGUUUCUGAAGAAGCUUGGAACGCCUAUCCUUAUACAAAAACCAGAUACACAUGUCCAUUUGUUGAAAAAUUUUCAUUAGAAAUAGAAACUUAUUAUUAUUCUGAUAAUGGCCACCAAGAAAAUGUCUUCAAUCUAACUGGCAGUGAUUUAAAAAGUAGAAUAGUUGAUGUUAUUGAUGUUUGUAAAGAUCAGCUAUAUGGUGCUGACUACAUCAAAGAAGAGGAUCCUAAACUAUUUUACUCACAAAAAUGUAAUAGAGGACCGCUUAAUGAUAACUGGCUUGAAGAAUAUUGGAGUGAAGUACAAGGCAAGCCUCAACCCUUGCCAAAUGGAAAGUCUCUCAUGUGUGCUUAUAAACUCUGUAAAGUUGAAUUCAGAUAUUGGGGUAUGCAAACAAAAUUAGAAAAAUUUAUACAUGAUGUUGCAUUACGGAAAACCAUGCUAAGAGCUCAUCGUCAAGCAUGGGCAUGGCAAGAUGAAUGGUAUGGCCUUACAAUGGAUGAUAUAAGAGAGAUUGAGCGCCAAACACAAUUGGCUUUGCAAAAGAAAAUGGCUGGUGAUACAAGUGAUGAACAAGAUCUCUCUGAAGAGAAUUCCAAGUCUCUGGCAGCUACAAUGAGCAGUUUGGAAAAGAAUGAAGAUGUGCCAACACCAAUGGUUACUAAGAAAAACACUGAAAAAAGAAUUCAGAAGCAUCUGACACCUGAAGGAACCCCACCAUCAGAACACAAAUCGUCUAAAACUAAUCUUAGAUCAUCUUCAUCUGGGUCUAUUAAAAGUUUGCAAGCACAAGCUGCUAACUGGAGAAUGGAAACUCUUGUUAGAGAAUCAGAAACAGAAACAGGUUCAGAAGAUGAGUUCUAUGACUGUGAAUCCUCAUUUAAUAAAUGGUCUUCCAUGUGUUCUCUUGAUGAAGCUGACAUUGACAUUUCACCAACUCAAGGUGAUAACAGUCAAGAAGAUAGUAUUUUUAAUCCUUCUUUCUUAAAACGUGUGACCUCUGAAAGAGGGUCGCGCAGAAUGCCUAAUCUUCAGAGCCAUCCCAGUGUUGAUGGUUGCCCAGAGACUCCUGUUCAUAGUUCAUGUCCUACUACUGUUUUGAUACUUGUUUUUCAUGCUGGAAGUGUCUUAGAUGCUAAUGUAGAUAUGACAGCCAAAAAAUCGGAUGUCACUACUUUUAAAGGAGCUUUCGAAUCAGUUAUGCGACAGCAUUAUCCAACGCUUAUUGGACACAUAGCCAUAAAACUGGUAUCAUGUCCAUCUAUUUGCACUGAAGCUUUGGGUGUAUUGUCAACACUAAGUCCUUAUAGUUUCGAUUGUUCACCAUCAACUAUUGAAUCUCCGUCAUUAACAAACGAUCUUAUACCUAUUGGUGCUAUACCUUUAAUUGCCACCACAUCUCCAGAUUACGCAGAGUCCGUUACAAAAACAAUUAACUCGGCAAACUCUACAUACAGUGAAUUUCUCAGAUCUGAUGAUGGAAAAGGAUUUAAUGGACAAGUGUGCAUUGUUGGUGACAGUAUGGGUUCUGUGCUAGCGUAUGAUGCGCUUAUUAGAACUUUACAAUAUCAAUCUAGGCAUGACAGUGAAAACAGCAUCUUAGAUACAGAAAUAACUAUCCCAAAUGAUCCAAUGGAACCACAAUACCUCAAUAAGUCUCACUUACAAGCUCCAACUCCCAGGAGGCGCUCAUCUUCCACGAGUGACAACCACAUCAAAUUUGAAUUUGAAGUGAGCGACUUUUUCACUUUCGGUAGCCCCUUGUCAUUAAUAUUAGCGUCAAGAAAAAUUUCUGACGACAAAUCUCGUGACAUUAUGAAGCCACCGGUACAACAAGUAUUUAACUUGUUUCAUCCAACGGAUCCUGUUGCUUCAAGGCUGGAACCACUGCUCUCAGCUAGAUUCACUAAUUUACCACCAAUAAAUGUUGCCAGAUAUACAAAAUACCCAUUAGGCAAUGGUCAGCCUUACCAUUUAAUGGAAUUGAUACAAAGUCAUCCUCAAUUAUUUGGAGAUCACUUGCAAAUGCCGCCGACUCCUGUAUUAAGAAGACUUUCUGAAGCAUCUGUACAAAGUACUGUUAGCGGCCUGGUAGAUAACAUUCCAUUGAUCACUAUGAAUGCUUUGCAGCAAAAAUGGUGGGGAUCUAAAAGACUAGACUACGCUUUGUACUGUCCUGAAGGAUUGACCAAUUUUCCAACAAACGCUUUACCUCAUCUAUUUCAUGCCAGUUAUUGGGAGAGUUCUGAUGUCAUUGCUUUUAUAUUGCGCCAAAUUGGUCAUUUUGAUUUAGCUCUCUACGGACACUCAGAUGAUAAAGAAUGCUCUAUGUUUAAACCUGGACAAGAAAGAGAAAAAUGGAUGAGAAAACGAACGUCAGUUAAAUUGAAAAAUGUUGCUGCAAACCAUAGGGCUAAUGACGUAAUCGUAAAAGAGGGAUGUCCGCAAACAUUUUCUGCCCGUUUUAUGUACGGCCCAUUAGAUAUGAUAACGUUAACUGGCGAAAAAGUGGACAUUUACAUGAUGAAAGAUCCUCCAGCAGGUGAAUGGGCCAUGUUGUCGACUGUAGUAACUGACAAGACUGGAAGGAUAACAUAUACAUUACCAGAAAGGCAAAGUGUCGCUUGCGGGAUAUAUCCAGUAAGAGUAGUUGUUCGAGGUGACCACACGAUGUGUAAUUUUCACCUAGCUGUUGUACCUCCACAAACCGAAUGUGUUGUGUUCAGUAUCGAUGGAUCUUUCACGGCUAGUGUGUCAGUUACUGGCCGAGACCCGAAAGUAAGAGCUGGUGCUGUCGACGUCGUAAGGUUUUGGCAAGACCUUGGAUAUCUCAUUUUGUAUAUAACUGGGAGACCUGACAUGCAACAAAGAAAAGUAAUAUCAUGGCUGGCUGAACACAACUUCCCACAUGGUCUAGUAUUUUUCUCAGACGGAUUUUCAACUGAUCCGUUAGGACAUAAGGCAGCACAUUUGAACAGUCUGAUAACUGAUCACAGUGUUAUUAUGCACGCGGCGUACGGGUCAGGAAAAGACAUUACUGUAUAUCAUAACUGUGGACUUUCUCCAAAGCAAAUUUAUGCUAUUGGACGAAUUAGUAAAAAGUACAGUAACAUGGCAACGACUCUGAACGACGGUUAUGCUUCACAUUUAGCUGAUUUAAAACAACCUGGAGCUUCGAGACCUGCUAGAGGAAAUGCUCGUCUUCUCGUACCCAGGCGACUGUUAGCCCCCGUGAGCGGUGGGUCCACGUCACGAGUUCGUCGUUAA